GGAGUAAAGUGCCUUUUCAAGCACACUUCAUUGAGAAAACAUGAAAUCACUUCUAAUAACAGUCUGUGUUUUUUUGACAUCUUUCGGUUCCACCGUCAAAUUACCUUCCGAGUUUAUAAAAUGUGACCUGAAACAAAACGACUUCCAAGAGUGUUUGACGACAGCUGUUCAAAAGGCAAUAAGAGAACUGAAUCGUCCUUUCAGGAAGGUGAAUUUGUUGGGGAUGGAACCCUUGGAAAUUCCAGAAUUGACUAUAGCUGCUGGAUCUCGGAUUGUAUUUACCCAACAAAUUUUUAAACAUUUGAAAUUGUCGGGUUUCAACGAGACUACUUGUUCCAAAGUCGAGUUUGAUGUUGACACAAAAACGUUAAAACUGGAUUGUGUCGUACCUCACUUUCGACUAGAUUUUGAAUAUGAAUUGCAUGGGCAAGUUUUGUUGAUAUCUGUAUACGGAAAAGGAACUGGAUGGGCCAUUUUACAAGAUAAUCAUUUAGUGCUUUCUUUCAAUUUCGGGGAAUACGAAAAAAAGGGUAAAAAAUAUUACAAUGUUAUUAAAGAAGAGCUUUAUAUGCAACCGCGAAAGAUUGACUUCGAUUUAAAGAAUUUAUUCGAUGGUGAUGAAAAAGCAGCCGACCGAUUUUUGAAAAUCGCGAGAACAAAUAUACUGGAAAUGUAUGAUGAUGUUAGGUCUGGUUAUCAAGAAGCUUUUGGGAAGAUAUUUGGCUUUAUUUUGGAUGGGCUGUUAACGAAAGUGCCUGUUGCUGAUCUUUUUGGAAAGAAAUAAUACAAUUAAAGUUUAUCUAACCCAAGAUUUUUACAUUUGUAGCUCUGCAAAAUAUGUAUGUUUUUUGAAUAAAUUAGUAGAGUACCUACAUUAUAAA